AUGUCCGACUCCAAGGCAGCGGACCUUUUGCAAUACGCGCAGGAGUACGCUUCGAAAGAUGUCGACAUCUACGACCUUUUGGGCGUCGACGCCCUCACCCCAAAGGAAGACAUCCACCGCGCGUGGCGAAAGCGAUCGCUAAAGUACCACCCCGACAAGGCUGGCGACAAUUUCGAUGCCGAGAAGUGGCAGCUAUUUGAGCGCGCCCGCGAUGUACUCUCCGACCCUGCUGCCCGCGCGGCCUACGAUGGCGCCAUCAAGGCUGCGCUGCUGCGGAAGCAGGAGCGCGAGGCCAUGGACAAGCAGCGCAAACACUUUGUCGACGACCUCGAGGCGCGCGAGAAUGCCUGGAAGCGCCAGCGCGAUGAAAAGGAGCAACGGGAAAAAGAAGAGAUUGAGAAGGAGAGGGCACGACUUUUUGAGCAGCGGCGCAUGCGCGAGGAGGAAGAGAAGCGACAAGCUGAUGCCGCGCAAGAGAUAGAGGAUCUUGCUGAAGCGCGACGACGCCUCAAGGAAAAGAAGGAAAAGAAGAAGCAGGAUGAGGCGAGAGAAAAGUUCCUGCGCAAAUCACGAAAGGCGGCUGAGACUUCUGACGGGGCAAAGACUUCUGAGCCACUCAACGGCGUCAUGAACGUGCCAGGAGACUUUUCGAUGGACUUUGGAACAGAACGGAGACUCUACUGGGAACUCGUCUGCGACAAGCUGCGCGCCGUCCAAGCAGUCAGGAACCUACAAAAGGGAAACGUGACGACCGAGGAAUACGAAGAAGCAGAGAAGGGUCUACUCGAAGCAAAGAGGAGGAUACACCAAGCUGAAGUCAAGUUUGCUGAGCAGGCAUCCGUUUCAUGA